AACGCACUUGGCAAAUAACCUUAAAAGUACUCUCGUACUGACUUUGCAUUUCUCUCUCUAUAACACUGACUCUCUCUCUUUCUCUCAUUGUCAUAACUUUGCUAGAUCCAUCAAAGAAGCAGUGAUUCCCCCAGCUUCCACAUCAAAUGAAGCCAUAAUCAUCAUCAUCAUCACCACGCCUCUUCUUUCUCUUUCUCCCUACCAUUCACAAUGUCAUCGAUACACCACUACUCACCGGAAACAACACUAUACUGGACCAGCGACCACCAGCAACAACAACAACAACAACAACAACAACAACAACAAGCUGCCACGUGGCUUAGUAAUUCCCACACUCCCCGUUUCAACCUGAACGAAGACGACGACGAGGAAGACGACGUUGUCGUUUCGGACAAGGCUACUAAUAAUUUGGCGCAAGAACAGGAGAAAGAAGCGAUGUUCGAGAAGCCGUUGACGCCGAGCGACGUCGGGAAGCUGAACCGGCUCGUGAUCCCGAAACAGCACGCGGAGAAGUACUUCCCUCUUGACUCGUCCGGCGGUGACUCGGCGGCGGCGAAAGGGCUCUUGCUGAGUUUCGAGGACGAGUCGGGGAAGUGCUGGCGCUUCCGUUACUCUUAUUGGAACAGUAGCCAGAGUUACGUUUUGACCAAAGGCUGGAGCCGUUACGUCAAAGACAAACGCCUCCACGCAGGCGACGUCGUUUUGUUCCACAGACACCGCGCCCACCCUCAACGCUUCUUCAUCUCCUGCACCCGCCACCAACCCAACCCCAACCCUCCCGCGCACGUUAGCAUCAGAUCCUCCUCCUACUCUGCGCUCCCAGCUUAUCCUACGCACCAUCAUCAUCACCUCCCCUUCCCAUACCAACCUCACUCUCUUCACGCACCAGGUGGAGGGUCCCAAGGACAGAACGAAACGACACCAGGAGGGAACAGUUCAAGUGGCAGGGUGCUGAGGCUGUUUGGGGUGAACAUGGAAUGCCAACCUGAUAAUGAUAAUGAUUCCCAAAACUCCACACAUGAAUGCUCCUACACCCACUUAUACCACCAUCAAACCUCUUCUUAUCCUUCUUCAAACCCUCACCAUCACAUGCUACCUCAACAACCAUAAUAGAAAUUAGAUAUAUAUGCCCCCCUCUUUAUUAGAUUCUCCCCCGUUUUUUUUUUUUCAUUUCCAGCUUCAGGGUUGAAGUAUGCCCUUAAAUUAAUUUUAGUCAAUGACCGUGUCGUUAACAUGAACCCGUGAAAGGAACCCUUCUUUUAUUAUUAGUAUAUUUAGGUUGACGUUGAAGAUUAUAGAGGAUCUUUCUUGUCUUGAAUUAGGGAGAUGCAUGCAAAUGGAAAUGCCUUGUUUAUUCGUUUUAUCGGA